AUUAUUUCGAUACAAUACGAAAUCGAAUAAAAUAUAACAUAUACAAAUGUACUUAAAAUAGAAAUCCAUUCACUAUGGUUUUCAAAUUUGUUCCAGAUAUGAAAUUAAGUUACGUGUAAAUAUGCGUAAGAAUUUUCCAGUAACAACAAAAUUAAUUAUAGUCUUGUUUUUUGUUGAUUGGUAUGAAAUUGCUUUGGUACACAGUACGGAUAUUUUAGACUUCUGGGAGCGUGAUCCUUCAUUCGAUGACGCCAGACGACAUAAUGACAAAUCUGGAGACCAUGAAAAACAUACGGACAAGCAAUUUCGGUAUAACCGGGGGAAGACACAAGAGAGGUCUCCAACAAACGCAGAAAAACGGGGAAACCGUGCCACAUACCGAAGUAGAGAUGACGCCGGCAAAAUCAAUGAAAUUCGAGGAGAUAUAGAACAAGGACGUAAUCUGAGACAAGGCAGAGAUCGUGCUGGGAAGUGGCCAAAAGUCCACCAGUACAUAAAACAAUGGAAUGUACCAUCGUCCACUCGAAUUACCCCAAUGUAUCUGAAGCAGCAACCAGAUAAAGAAACUCAGCAAAAUCGUGGGGAAUUUCCUGAAACUUUAAGUCCUUAUUUUAUAUCUCGACAUCUGAAAAGUAUUAUGGAUAAAUUUCCAAAGGCAAAUGUUACAUCUGAAACCAUAGGACGUACAGUAGAGUACAAUGACAUAGUGAUAUUGAAAAUAACAGAAACUAAACCCUCGGCAAAAAGAUUCUUUAGAGCUGAUGAAAGCAAAUACAUGGAUGAAGUGCCAGAGAAGAAAAUAGUAUUUAUAGUCCACGGAUUAAGUGUCAUGGGCAUGCGGAUGCUACCUUGUUUGACCAGGGAAGAGGAGUUUACCAGGCUUGUUUCAUAUUAUUUAGAUCACUUGGACAAGUUCGAUAUAUUUUUGAUACCGCUUGCUAAUCCAGAUGGGUACGUGAAAGUUGCGCAUCUGAUGUGGAAUAAAAAUAUGUCUCCACAAAGCGCGUGUCCUGGUGUAGCAUUGGACCGCAAUUUCGACGUUGCUUGGAACGCGACUCGAACCAUCAGCUCUUGCAGCCAGCUGUACCCAGGACCGGCUGCCUUCUCAGAAGCCGAGACUAAAGCCAUCCGAGAUGUUUUCCACCACUACAGCCACAAGAUAGUCGCUUACUUUCACGUGCAUGCUGGAAGUUAUACUUUUAGUACCUUUAAGGGUGAUGCUGUCCUCUAUCCCAAAGGCUACACAGACUCGCAGACGGAUGACGACAAAUACCUCGACUUGAGAGGUGAGAUAGAUGAAGCCAUGAAGAACGCUAGUUUCCAAAUCCUUACAGUCACUGUGGAUACCUUGUACAACUGGUACGGAAAGAUAUCUGGCAGCAGCGUGGACUAUGCCUCAUCGGUAUACGGCAUUCCCUACGCUUUGGAGCUCGUGAUGCAGUUGUAUAAUAUGGCGAGUUAUGAAGCACUGACCGAGAUAUGGAAGAGAGUUAUAGACGUCACGUUCAACAACAUUUGGAAAAAUACAUACAGUAACGAUGUUAAAUAAACAUACAUUGAAAAU